UCUACAAAUCCCGCCAGCUACAUCAAAUGCUUCACAUAUCUAAUGAGCUUGACUGGCUGGUUUCAUACCGCAGCAAAACAUCCUCUAUAAUGGCGGUAUCGAUAGCAACCGAGCGGCAUUGACCGGCGAUUUCACCAGCAGCCAGCAAAAGAAAACACAUUGCACGGCCUGGCUAGCUCUCUUGCUUUCUCCAUGGCCAGCUGGAAAACGCAAGUGGAAUAAUGAAUGUAACGAAUACACUGCAUGGGUACCUGUCGGAACUAACGUUAGCUAACUAGCUUUAUUUAUUUGGAGUUCGUAGUGGUCGUUGCUACUGUUAGCUUGCUUGCUAACGUUAGCGCAUUCACUUGCGGAAGAUGGAAAGUGUGCGGAUAGUGGCUGGGGAGAGGAACCGAGUGGAGGUGGAUGCCCUGUCAACAUCAGUCGGAAUAUUAGACUCGGAAAUUGGACAAAUAAGAAGUGGCAGCAAGUUUUUAAAGGCCAGUGGUGGUGCACUCUUCCCCGCUGGAAAAAUAACUGCGACGGGGGAAGAUGAUGGCGGGAGCGGGGAGACAAAACUCUUGGGACUUGCUACCACCUCCCUACUUCACAUAGCGAUACGGAACGGGAUUUACCAAAACCAGGCUGCUAACGCCACCAGUAGUGCUGCCAAUCUCAACAUGACCACCGGUAAAACACCCAACAUCUACAGCCUCGUAUCGGUCAGCAGCACCAGCGUGAACUCGUUGUUGACCAGGAGACGGCGGCACAAGAGGAACCUCUCGGCCGCAGCUUCGACAACCUCAAGCUCACCCACAGUCUCCUCCGUUGGGGGAGUGAGACCCACACUGUCCGCCUCGUCUGUCAACAACACACUGAGCCUGGAUAGAAAGACCUUGCUUCGCCAGAAGCAGGCGAAGCAGCUCCAGCCCAACGACAAGGCGUGGGUCCGAGCUGACCUCCAACAGGGUUGUAUCCACGUCCAUGACCAACUCACGCCCUCCUACCCUCGGGCGGUACUAUGCACCGUGGACACCACCGCUGGGGAGAUAGCGGCUCGUCUGGGGCAGCUUGGAGGUAAAUGUGGAGGGAUACUAAGAAUGACUCGCAAAACAAGUGCUUAUGUUGACCUGAACGGUAACUGCAAUGGUAGCCAUGGGCAUAUUGACUACCUACUUGGUGUGAAUAAAAGUAACAACGUGAAGACCUCCUACCCAGGUUCUGUGAUCUCCUACUCAGGGUCAAAGGAGAACCAACCAGUCUCUCCAAUCAAGCGGCUUCAUAGCAAUAACAACCAUGCUCAAUAUUACCUGGAAACAAAUGUAUUACUUUCUGACUACAAGAUACCAAGCACCUCUUCCUCUGAGGUUUAUCUAAAUGACAGUGAGGGUGCAGAUAUGGGCCUGAGUGGGGCCGACAGUUGUGGACUGUACUCAGGCUCAGACAUGGAGAGUAGCACCUUUGAUGAUUUGAGCCCCGGUGGUCCGCGGCCGAGCCAACACCGGGACUCCCUCAGUGAUGCUGCUGUCCUAGGGACAAACUCCUCAGUGCUCAGCCCGAACUUUGAUUCCGCCACGGAGGAAUUGGACCCGUUUGGGAGUUCCUCAGACGAGGUUGAGCUUGACCCUUCCCCGACACACUCAGCCAGCAUCCCCACUGUCACUCAGCAACAGACCCUGGAGGGGAAAUCCAUGCACGUCCCCUCAACUGAUGCCUGCAAAGCUCCUGAAAACAGGCUAUCAAAGUCAAACCACCUGGAAGACAAAAACACUGCUGAUGAAGAUGGAAAAACAGGUAGCACUGGAGGAGAACCCAGACUGAUCAAUCCCCCGUCAAGCUGCGGCAGUAGUGGCAGUAACUCACUGGCCCGACCUCUGACUGGCAGAGCAGCUGUUGAGCGUGACCUGGUCAUUUCAGGGGAGCAAAGAGGGGUCCCGGGCCCAGAGAAAGCCUCCCCAGCACCGGCCCUCUUCGCCCAGCUGCACGGUGGAGCUAUGAGGAGGCUGGAGGAUGAUGAGAAGCCUCUGCAGAUGCAGAAUGAGUACCUCUCCAAUCUGGGCUAUGGAGACCCGUGGCGGGUACAGGAGGAGGGUAUGGACCCAGAAAUAGGCUGUCUCAUACGCUUCUAUGCAGGUAAGCCGCAGUGUGUGGGUGGAGCAGACCGGGUGCAGCUGACGGGUGUGUUUAAUGUGAGGAAGGGUAAGCUGGCCCUGCCUGUCAACCGGUGGUCACGACGACACGUCACCCUGAGUGGCACCUGUCUCAUCGUCUCUUCCGUCAAAUAUGCUCACACCGGCAAGAUGCACAUCCUGCCCCUCAUCGGUGGAAAGGUGGAGGAGGUGAGGAGACAUAGUCACUGUCUAGCCUUCAGUUCUUCUGGUCCCCAGAGUCAGACCUACUACAUCAGCUAUGACUCCUACACGGAACACCUCCGCUGGCACAGACAGGCUGCCAAGAUAGUGUCUCAGAGGGUGAGUUCUGUGGACCUGUCAUGUUGCAGUCUGGAGGAGCUGCCAUCUCAGCUGUUCUACAGCCAGGACCUGACCCACCUCAACCUCAAACACAACUAUCUGACGGGCCUCACACAUCUCACCAGGUUCUGCAGGUUGAGGAGCCUCAAUCUCUCUAACAACGCUCUGUCUGACUUCCCUCUGGCCGUGUGCGACAUCACCUCCCUGACAGAGCUCAACCUCCAAGGCAACCUUCUGACCUCUCUGCCCUCCGCGCUGGGGACCAUGCACAACCUGCAGACCCUGCUUCUGGAUGGUAACUCUCUGAACUCCCUGCCUGCUGAGCUGGGCUCUCUGGAGGCCCUGACCUACCUGGGCCUGUCCUUCAACCAGUUCAGCUGCGUACCUCCAUCCCUGGAGAGGCUCAGGGGGGUGGAGAGGCUCUGUCUGGCUGGGAAUCAGCUCUCCUCCCUGGACAUGGCCGGCCUGCAGUGGCUCCCCCACCGACACAUAGAUCUCAGGUUGAACAGGCUCCAGAGGGUGGUGGUUGGGGAGGCUGGCCUGCUGAGCCACGUGGCCCAGUUAGAUGUGCGGGAUGCUGGGUUGGAGGAGCUUGACGUCAGGACCCUAUCCAGGCUGGAGCUUCUACGCUGUGACAGAAACACACUCACACUCCUUAGAGUCAGCGGCCUAGCACUCAAGGGCCUGCACACAGCACAAAACGAGCUGAGAGCGCUGGAGGUGUUUCCUGUUCCAGAGAGCCUCACUGUUGUGGACGUGUCCAGGUAAGAUCCACACAGUUCACAAUCGAUGGAUGGAUACUUGAAUGGGUAGAGAAUAUACAAGUGAUUUUGAUUGUUUUAACUGACCUAUUGGUUGAUGGACAGAGAGAAGAGAUAGACUUCUAGUGACUGAUUGCUGUCUGUUGUAGG